AUGGCUCGGGAUAUGUCAGAUAAGGAAAUCUUGAAAAUGGAGCUGGAUCAGCUGAAGAAGGAAGUGAGCACCGCUAGAACACCAGUGACUUCAAACUGUGCAGAGACGAUUGAGUUCGUGGAGGGACUGCUACCCAACGACCCGCUGAUCAAGGGCGUUUCGGACGACAAGAACCCGUACAAGGGAGACAAGGGAGGCUGCAUAAUAACAUAG